AACGACAACAAAAACAACCAACAAGAAUUAGUUCGUCGAGUUCACAAAAAUGGUCCUAGUUGAGGAGCUCUCUGACGUAUCAUCACCUACAAAUGAAGCAAAUCAAGCAUAUUCCUAUGAUGAUGAUGAUGAUGAUGAUGGAUCAUUAACCCCAUCCAUGGUGUUUGACCAGAUCAUGGGAACUUCUCUGAUGCUUCCAUUUCACGAACAUCCUGUAUACAACCACUAUAGCAGCACUGGUCAAUGCGACGGAUGCCCCGAACUUCGAGAAAACGGUCUCCAUGGCUAUAACUGCAAUACUUGCGGGCUCACCGUCCACAAAGAAUGUGCUGAAUCAUCACCAGAGAUUAACCAUCCUUCUCACCAGAGACACCCUCUCAUGCUCCUAACACAUGGCUUACCACAAGAAGCUGAAGAUGACAAAUGUCGUCUAUGUGGAGAAAAGGUUGGAAAAUUAGUUUAUCAUUGUUCAAUAUGUGACUUCAGUUUGGAUCUUUUUUGUGCUCGAAACCCGCUUUCACUAGUUGUUUACUUCCGGAAAGGUCAUGAACAUACACUCACUCUCAUGCCAAGGCUCAUACGCUUCACUUGUAAUGCAUGUGGUCUUGAAUCCGAUCGAUCUCCUUACAUUUGUGCUCAAUGUGAUUUUAUGAUCCAUGAAGAUUGUAUCUACUUACCACGCGUCAUUAGCAUCAUACGCCAUGAACAUCGAAUUUCUCGAACUUAUUUUCUUGGUUCUGGAGAUUGGAAAUGCGGAGUUUGUAGAAGAAGAAUGGAUGGGAGAUAUGGAGCAUAUUCUUGCUCGAUUUGUCCGGAUUAUGCAGUUCAUUCUAGAUGUGCCACGAGGAGGGAUGUGUGGGAUGGAUUAGAACUUGAGGACGAGCCAGAAGAUAUCGAAGAAUGUGAAGAACCGUUUAGAGUUGUGAGUGAUGGAGUAAUCAAUCACUUUAGUCAUCGAGAACAUGAUCUAAGGCUUGAAGAUGGUCUUACUAAUCGCCAUGAUGAAAAUAUUCGAUGCAGAGCAUGCGUCCGUCCUGUCUACGCUAACACAUUCUACAGUUGUAUGCAAUGUGAUGAUUUCAUUCUCCACGAGACAUGUGCUAAUCUUCCUCGAAAGAAGCGACAUGUACUACACAAUCAUCAGCUUACUCUAUACCCCGAUGACAACAUAGUCAUGGACUUUCCGAUGCUUCGUGGAGUAUUUUUAUGCACUGCUUGUCGCCGACUCUGUAGUGGUUUCAGGUAUGAAUGUUGCAAUAUCAAAUUAGACGUACGAUGCGGUUCCAUAUCCGAACCAUUUUUCUACGAGUGUCACCCGCAUCCUCUGUUCCAGACUUCACUAGAUAGCAAGGUAUGUGAGACUUGCAAGGAAGAGUCAGAUUAUGUUCUAACUUGUAUGGAUUGUGAUUAUGUUUUGGAUUUCGAGUGUGCUACUUUACCACCUACGGUAAGGUACAAAUAUGAUAGACAUCCUCUUAAACUAUGCUACGAUGGAGACAAGGACAUGGCCGGUAGUUAUUGGUGCGAGAUAUGUGAGAAAGAAAUGGAUCAAAAUAUAAUAUUCUACACUUGUGAAAGUUCUGGUCCGACUAUUCAUAUCGAGUGUGUACUUGGAGAUUUCAGGUAUGUGAAGCCUCGACUACAUUUUGAGUUCAAUAAAAAGAAAUGGGAAGUGGCUUUGAAUGGUAUAAACCGACCAGGAUGCUACAAAUGUGGCUUUCGUUGCAAGGGACCUUUUGUUGCAGUAAGUGUAGACUAUGAUAUUAGUUAUGUUUGUUCUCUUUUAUGUUUAUGGAAAGGAGAAACUCUCGUGUACGGUAGUAUAAGAGAUUGAAUUAUAUUAGACUAU